UAGCAUAAUGCCUCAAGGACCUGUCAGAGCCACACAUGAGUUUGGCUUGCUACGAAGAGCAAGUUCUUUAGAAGUCAUACCAUCUCAGACCCCAAAUGUUUCUAAAAUUGACAAGAAGAUAAAGAGACACAAAAGGAGCAGUAGUCUGGGAACCACUGAAUUGAAAGAGAAGCUCAGACGAACCCUACAAAGAGAGAAGAAGCAAAGCCCCUCUCCUACAUUACACGGAGGUCUUCACAACAUCCGAGACGCGCUGUACAGGAACUCAGACCAGUGUUUUGUUAACCCUUCUAUACCGGUGUUUGGGUUGACGCGCACUCGAUCACUCGACUGCUUGUCUGAGCUGGAGAAUCUAACCAUCAACCAUUCCCCUCUGACCCCACACGAGGGCCACAAAGCGCCUCUACCGCGCGGAUCACGCAGCGACACACCAGUGCUUUGUUGUGGCGCUGGACGCUGCACCAGCUCCCAGACUCCAGAGGACACUGUUUCUCCUCCCUCCUCCUCUCCUAAUUAUUAUACAGAUGCCAGAUCGCCCUCAAUGGAUUCCCCCGAUAAGAUAAUAGGCUCAUCACCUCGUGUUAAUUGCUCAUUCCUUUUCGCGCGCCAACCCCCACCCAAUGCUGACAAAGCCAGAUGCAUCAAGGGAUCCAGUUUAGAAUCCUUAGAACGCAGUGGACCAGACAAGAGCAAGAUAAAGAUAAUAUUCAGUAACAACAGUGUGUUUAAUCGACCGCCUCCCCCUAGAUGUGUCACUAGACACUCCCCCGCAGAACAGGCUUGUCAAUAGAUGCAGACAGACAGAAAAUGAGAAAUUCCUGAAAUUCCUGAGAUUGUUAUUUUCAGAACAGUUCGAACCAUGUCGAUAUAUUCAACGGAAAUUCUCACGAUAUAUAUUCAAAACUGAAUGUUUAUUAACUAUUCGAGUAGAAAUUUAGUUUUAAGAAAUUUAGAAAAAAGUUAGGUAGAGUGCAAUUAACUGAUUGGUUAGUUGAAUAAUUAAUUAAUUAGUUAGAUAAAUAAUUAAUUUAAUGGUAGGUUCAGAAUAGGAACUGUAAUCGUAAACUUGUAACUAAUUUUUUGAAGUUCACGAGUGUAAAUAUAUUCGUUAAAGUUUGUAAUUAGGUGUAUUGAUAUUACUUAAUAAUAUUGAUAUUACUUAAUAAUAUUGAUAUUAAUUAAUAGUGAUCACUGAAAUGACUCUAGUUUUUGUGAGGAAAAUCAAAAUGAUUUACAAUGUUUGGUUUGGAAAAAGCUGAAAUGUGCUAAUAAAAACUUGAAUUUUGUUUAAAAUACGGGUAUAUCCUUUUAAAAUUAACUUGAUCUAUUUAAUUGUGUUAAUCAGAAGGGCCAAUCACACAUUACGUCAGCAAUAUUGGACUAUUUUUAGACCUGCCAGAAAUUUCAACCCUGGCUACAGUGUAAAAUUACGUCGUCAAAUUUUCUCUCCUCCCUCCCCUUCCCUUAUCCCUCCAUCCUCCUCUUCUUUCCACCCCUCUUCCACUCCUCAUUCUCUCUAGGAAUCUGACGUAAUAUGUGAAGUGUGAACUUUCUCUAUUUUAACUUUGUAUUAACAGAAGUUUGUACUCUUAUAUUUUAUGAGAGCAGUCAUUCAUAUGAUCAACUUAUACAAAUGAAGUUGAACGAGUUGGUUUAAAUCGUAAAGAUUACCACAAUAUUUGCCCACAUAUUUUCAUCCUCCGAUUUCAGCAUGAUGCUGAUUUGAACUACAAUUAUAUUAAGUUACACUGUAAAUACAAAUUCUCGAAUAUUACAUAGCUAAUAAAUUUCCUAGGACGCUGAAUUACAUAUAAUGGUCUAGGAUUAGAAACAUGUCCGUAUUUUUAGUGAAAUAAUACCUGAUAUCUGUCAUGAAACAGGGAUUUUUCUGCAGUUUAAUCGAGAUUGCCCCAACUUAAU